AUGGAAUCAGAUGUUGAACUGCAUGAUCGGGGACUGAAGUUGGAAGAAAGCACCAGCUCCAAAGAUAAGUCUGAAACGAAUAUAGAUGAAUCAUCCCAAGAACAACACCAACACCACCGCCAUCAAAUUGCAAAUGAAGUUACAGAUACCGAUGAACUCGACGAUUAUCAUUAUGAGGAGGAGGAUGACGACGACAACCUUGAAGUGGUGGCUGACGAAUCGCUUGGAACUACGAUUCUCAGAGAAAUUCAAGAUGGUACAUACGUUUGUCUUGUUUGUACUGGUGAGAUAAACAAAGAUUCCCAGAUUUGGACUUGUAAUGAAUGUUUCCGGGUUUAUGAUCUUGACUGUAUUCAAGAUUGGGCAAUUAGAGGUUCUUCGACUAAUAAGACCAGUAAGGAAUGGAGAUGUCCCAGUUGUAAUCAUGCCACCAAAGUUAUUCCCCGAGUUUUUACAUGUUGGUGUGGCCAGCAAACCAAUCCUGAUCACAAUGUGUUGAUGCCGUUUAGUUGUGGUAAUACGUGCAAUUACAAAUAUCCAGAUUGUAUUCAUAAUUGCUUAUCAAUUUGUCAUCCCGGAAAGCAUCCUAUAUGUGGGGCAAUGGGUCCCCCAAUGAAAUGCCACUGUGGCAAAGAAACAAAGCAAUUGCCAUGUUUAAUUACACCUUAUAAUAAGGGUUGGCAUUGUGAUCAGGAUUGUAAUUCUAUAUUAUGUGACAUGGGACACAAAUGUAUCAAGGGAUGCCAUUCAGGUUAUUGCCAAUUAUGUAUGAUUAUAAUCAAGAUCUCCUGCUAUUGCAGCAGCGAACUGAAAGAAAUUGCAUGUCACGAAAAGAAAUUGAUGGACUGUGGAGAUAGAAUUGGAGGCUAUUCAUGCGGAAAGAUGACUCGUUAUUAUUACCAAUGUAAACAACAUUAUGAAUUAAAAUCUUGUCAACCACCUCCAUCCUCGUUGAUGAUAUGUAAAUAUUCACCUGAUGUUAUCACUACAUGCUACUGUGGCAAAACGAAAGUUGAUUUACAUAAUCGUACAAAAUGUACUGAUCCCAUACCGGAGUGUAGUAACAUUUGUGGAAAAUUAUUGCCUUGUGGAUGCCGGUGCAAGUUUAAAUGUCACGAGGGAGAUUGUGAAUGUAUUUCAAUACAUGAAAUCAAGUGUGCUUGUGGUCAUGAGUCUUAUUUAGCUCCCUGCAAGUUUAUUCAAUCUGGAAUUAAGCCUAAAUGUAAUCAUAAGUGUUCGGUUUUAUUGAAUUGCAGGAAACAUUAUCAUCGUUUGGAAUGUUGUCCUGAUGAACAAAUUGGUCUUGCUAGAGAACGUGACCGCAAAAAAGCCAUCAGAAAUAAUAUCAGAUCUAAUUUUAGACAAGAUGUAAUGUCGAUUGAAGCUUCUCAUAUCUGUACUAAAACAUGUAAUAGAUUGAAACCUUGUGGCAAACACACAUGUCACGCUUUAUGCCAUAAUGGACCUUGUGAAGUUUGUUUAGAAUCAACCAAUGAAGAUUUAGUUUGUCACUGUGGGAAAACGGUUAUUCCAGCACCAGUUAGAUGUGGUACCAAGUUGGUUUGUCAUGAGCAGUGUACUCGUGUUCCUCUCUGUGGCCAUCGUCCUGAGCCUCAUGAAUGUCAUGAUGAUUCUAUUAAUUGUCCUAAAUGUACUGCAUUGGUGGUUCGAAAAUGUGAUUGUGGUGCAACUCUGGAUAUUCCUGGAAUUUUGUGUUCUCAAGAAAGAGUUUCAUGUGGGAAAAUGUGUAUGGUUGCCAAAGAUUGUGGACAUCCUUGUUUGAGGACUUGUUCAUCUCAAUGUACAAAGGAGAGUAUUCACAACAGUUCUCGCAAUUGUCAAUCCUACUGCAAAAAGAUCAGAAAUAGUUGUCCUCAUUUAUGUAAAUUGAAAUGCCAUUUUAAUAAAGUUGGCAAAAGUUCUAAUUGUGAUGUUGUUGCCUGUACUUCUGAAAUAACUGUUCAUUGUGAAUGUGGGCGUUUGGAGAAGAAAAUCAAAUGUGGUGCAAGUGUUGACCAGCCUUCGAACAUUGGAACUGUUUUGGAAUGCGAUUCUUCUUGUGUUGCUGCGAAAAGAGAUGCUGCAUUACGAGCUGCAUUUAUUGGGACUCCUGAACCUGAAACUGCAGAAGAAGAUAAUAUGCCCUACUCAGAUUUGGUGUUGAGUGUUUUUGUCAAGCAACGGGCGUGGUGUUCAAAAAUUGAGGCUCAGAUUAGACAGUUGAUUGCAGAUUACAAUUCACAAAUUGAAAAUGGGAUCAAUUCACCUAGAAAGUCUCAUCAUUUCCCACCGAUGUCAUCACCUCAACGUCAAUUUAUUCAUGAAUUGGGUAAAGCAUUCCAAGCCUAUACUGAAUCACAAGAUGAUGAACCGAAAAGAUCAGUUUUUCUAGUUAUCACGAAUCUGACAACCAUCCCUGCCAUGAAAAUAGAAGAAGCCGUUGAUUACAAAAGGGAAUUGGAAUCUGAGAAAAAUAAAGUUCAACAAUUGACUCAAGAACAAAUUGACGAAUCCUUGUACAACGCAAUAAUAAUUCAAGAUUUGUUUUUCGGGUUAGUGAAAGAUGAUUUAGAUCGAGAAUUGAAACCUUUAUAUCAAGACAAAAUGGAGAAUUAUGAAAUUCAAUGGUUGAAAGAUUCCUCAUUUAUAUUUUACUCUCCAGAAAAGUUCAAGAACAUGGAUGUCGAAGAAGAAAAUAAAUUGUAUUUGUUGUUGAAAAGUUUCAGAAGAGUUUUGAGAGAAAAAUCAUUGGCGUUCGAUUGUAAAUUGUGUCUUAUUGAUGAUAGUGCUACAUUCGUAUUAAAAAUGGAUAAUAGUGGUACAAAUAAUGCUUCGCAAUCUGAAUCGAGUUCAAUUCAGGAUGUUUCUGAAACCAAAAAGAGUCAAAAUGGAUUUGAUGUUUUACAAACUGAUGAUUAA